AUGGGUUGGGAUGGGAUGGGAGAUUAUGUAGAUAGAAUGAGUUUGAUAAAGCUCCAGAGAUUGAUUGUAAGUCCCGCUUUCACGAGCAUAUAUAGCAUCUUCGCACAUGCUUCUAUAGCCCCACACCAGCAUUGCCAAGGAAAAUCGAAUGACAGGAUGGCUGUAAUGGAGACAUCUGUUCAUGCCAGAAAAACUACUGGUUCCGGUCUUGGGUGCGCUAUGAUUGGAGUAGCCCUAGCUUGUGUCAUCCGCGCUUACAUGACGACGAUGCAUCUUAUCACUGAGAACUGCUACUAUAGUAUGUUUGGUCGUUCUAUGAUAGCGCAAAUGCCCAUCACCUCAUCAUCCUCGCCGAUCACGCAUCCCCGGGCUCUAGCUCCAGGGAGCUACUUCCCUAUGUACGCAUCGCAUGUAUAUAAUUCCAACCUAGCCAAAGUGUAUUUACCGUCAGCAAGCCAGAUUAUCUUGUUCGGGCCUGGAUUGGCUGUUAUAUCCUCUUGA